AUGAUAUUUUCAUUUUUCUAUUUUCUAUUUCUUUUUUUUGUUCACAUUCAACAAAAUAAUUCAUUAAAUGAUGUAUCAUCUGAUGAAUAUCUUGGUAGUACUGGAAAACAUUUAUUCUAUUUUGUUCAUGUUACUGACAUACAUAUUACUCAUUUCGGUCAUACUAAUCGAACCGAACAAUUUGAACAAUUUUGUAAUCAAAUUAUCAAAUCAUUGAUAAAACCACAAGUCACUGUUAUCUCAGGUGAUUUAGCACAUAAUCGUGAUCCAGGAUUUGCAUCUGAUCAGUAUGAACAAGAAUGGAUUAUAUAUAAAGAUAUUUUAAAUCGAACUAAUGUAACACAAUAUACAGCAUGGCUUGAUAUGAGAGGAAAUCAUGAUGCUUUUAUGGACCCAGAUCCACAAUCAAACAAAAGUUUUUAUCGUAUUUAUUCUCAUCAAGGAGUUUCACAUAAAGGUUCAUAUCAAUAUACAUUAACAACAAAUGAUAAUGAUACUUAUUCAUUUGUUGGUAUUGAUAUGUGUCCAAGACCAGGUGCUGGUCGUCCAUUUAAUUUUCUUGGUCAUAUAUCGAAAGAAGAAAUGACAAAUAUAAAAAAUUUAUCUGAACAAACUCAAAAUUCUAAUACAACAAUAUUUUUUGGUCAUUAUCCGUUAUCAUUUACUUAUUCAAAAGGACUUGAAAAAUUAAUGCGUCAUGGAAUUGUUUAUUUAAAUGGUCAUCUUCAUUCCGGUAUUAAACAUUUAUAUGCUCGGCAUUCUGAUGGAUUACUUGAACUUGAAUUAGGAGAUUGGAAAGAUAAUCGAAGAUUUCGUAUUGUAACAAUUGAUUCGGGUAUAUUAUCAUUUGAAGACGUUCGUUUUGAUCAACCAAUUUAUACUGUUAUAUCAAACCCAAAAGCAGCUAAAUUUAAAACACCUAGAGAACCACUUUAUCGUCUAAGUCAAAGUACACAUAUUCGAAUUGUUAUUUUUUCUAAAUGGUCAAUUGUUGAUGUAAGUGUUUCAAUUGAUUCAAAAUUUAUGGGUACUGCAUUACAAUCAAUUGAUAAUAAUAAUUUAUAUGUAUUACCAUGGAAUGCAAGUUUUUAUAAUGAUGGUCAUCUUCAUACACUAUCAAUUGAAGUAAAGGAUAAUCAAAAUAAUAAAAUGACAACUGAAAACGAGUUUUCUCUUACAACCACGACAAUAACAGCAUUCACUCGAUCAAAAUUUAUUCUAUUUAUUCAUUGGCCAACUUUUGGUAUUGUUUCUAUAAUUAUGUGUUUAUGUGUAUAUAUUAUUGUCUUAACAUUUUUUCGAUAUCGAGCAAAACGAAUGACACGUAAGUGGGAAUAA